AUGGAGAUGAUAAGAGGAGCAAGGAGGAUACUCAAAACACAAACCAAGGAGGACAUAGAAGAGGUUGAGAGGGUGAGGGAGGAAAGGAGAACCAAAAGAAGGAAUGAUCCUUCAGCAGUGAGAGCGAAGCAAGGAGAGUUUGAAAUUGGAGUGAACAUCCCAAUGAGGAGAAUGAUGACUCCCAAAUGUGGAGUUGGUCCUCAAGAACAUGCACUUGGCCAAGCUCUUCUCUUACCACAUGGAAUCCUACAAGGAGCUCACUUGCGAGUUCUAGCUUCAAUGAGGCAGCUGGAGAUCUUGUUUGGGUUCAACUAUGGAGAGGGAACCAAGUGGAACUUCAAGGAAAAGGAACUCCAAAGGGUUUGGGCUACAAUCGCUGAUGGAGUGUACUCUUCCUCAAGGUCCAAGGCAGCUCAGAUCAGGAGCCCAGUCUUGAGAUAUGUGCACAAGGCACUUGCCAACACCUUCUUUGCAAGGAAGGCAACCGGGACAAUCAACGAGGGGAACUCAAGUUUCUUGACAUGGGAAUCAAGCCCUUCUCUCACGCACAAGCGAUGGCAAGAGGAUCAGGGGAGAUAG